AUGAAGUCAUUGGUACUGCUGUCGUCGAUACUGGUGACCGUGGUGGCGGCCGCUGACAUCGACUGGAGCAAGGUGCGUCCCAUCGAGGAGUUCGAUCACUACUGGGCUCGUUUGCCGGCGGAGCUGCAGGCAUUGCGUCACGCAGCACCGAACCGCAGGAUCGUCAAUGGCUAUGAAAGCUAUCCCGGUCAGUUCCCGUAUCAGGUUGCAGUGAUAUCCGACUAUGGUGUGGCGUCUGCAUUGUGUGGUGCUUCGGUGCUGACCAACAAUUAUAUACUAACUGCCGCUCAUUGCGUGGUGGAUGCCAGUGGAGGUGUAGCCUUGGUUGGAGCCCACAACCGGAUGAACAAUGAACCAUCUCAACAGUCGUGCAGUUUCAGUGCCGAAGGCAUUACCAUUCAUUCAGAGUACGUUCCGACCACUUUACGGAACGAUGUGGCCACCGUGAGACUGAAUGUUCCAAUCAUUUUUACCGACAACGUACAACCGGUUUGGCUUCCUUCUCACUACGAUUCUCGAACUUUCUCGGGACUUAUUGGAACCGUUUCCGGCUUUGGACGUAUUUCGGAUAGUAAUAAUUAUGUUGCGGAUACGCUACGUUACGUGAGCAAUCCGAUUAUGACAAAUUCCCAAUGUUUGGAUGCUUGGGGUAACAAUGCAGACAUCAUAGACGCGAUGAACAUUUGCUUGUCCGGAGUUAACCAGCGGGCCACCUGCGGUGGAGAUUCCGGAGGUCCCCUGACGAUCUAUGAAGUUGGAAGGACACUACAAGUGGGUCUCGUAUCGUUCGGAUCUGCAGCCGGGUGCGCCAUCGGAAUGCCGUCGGUGUUUGCGCGCGUUACCUACUUCCUGUCGUGGAUCGAAGACAACUCAGAUUAUAUCUUUGAUCAUCCGGAAUAG